UUGCUUCACCAAAAGGAAGUAUCAUAGAAGAUUUUAUGAUGCUGCUUUUCCAUCCGGUAGUUGACAAAUUGGAAAGAAACAAGUUGUUGGAUUCGGGUUUUGAAGAGGCAUUCAUCGAAUGGGUGUCUGAAGUUGAUGAGAUGUGAUCCUUGGAAUAGAUCUCUCUUAGUGUAGUUUAGUAUUAAUUGGAGUGAAUGUUUUUGAUGGUAAAGAUUUUGGAUGAGUUGGAUUGGAUGUUUGGCACUUAAAAGGGUUCACGAGGAGCCCGUGGUGAGAAAUGGAUUGGUUUAAGCCAUUAUGCUCUUACGUCGCCAUCUUUCCUUCUUCUCUGGCCAUGGUCCCUCCCAGCUUCUGCUAUCCCUAUCCAUUGCAACCACAAGCCAAAAACUCCGAUACUAAUUACACUCUGCAAAAGGACGCCAUCUCCGACCCCACAUGCACAAAAAACUAAAAACUAAAUUUAAAAACCAAACCAAAGAUUCCACUCCCACCUCUUUUUCGUUUUCUUCACACUUCACCCUGCUUCCGAUUGCUUACUUUUAAAUUUGAACAUAUCACAGGUAAAAUCAGAAUCCACGCCUUUCAUUGCUGCAUUCUCGACACUUCUUUUCUUCUUCCCACUUAAAAUUAGGUUUCCUUUUCCUUCCUCCACUGUUUCUAUUCGUCUCUUAAGUCUUAAAGUCUUAACUGUCUUUAUUCUUUACAAGUACGACUAAAAUAUUCAUUUCCUGCCUUUAUUUUGAAACUUCAAUUUCUGUUGUUUUGGUGCCAACUUCAUUCAACUGCAUACUUCCAUACUUGCAUUCACUUUUUCUUAGUUUCAUUCGUCAAUGUUGCCUCCUCCUCCAAAUUAGGGCAACUAUGUCGCCGGUCAGGACAAUGACGGUGAUCGCCGACGUCGUCUCCGACGACGAAGAGGAGUACUCCUUUGCCGUCGCGUACAGCGGACCAGACCCGGCGUAUGAUCUUCCCCGGGCAGUGCCGAUCGCCGUCGACAAUAUUCCGGCGGCGAAGGCAGUCGCGGUAUCGCAUGUUUCUUUCUCUGACGAGAUUUCGUUGCCGGUGGUGCAACCGCUCUCGGCGCCGGAGCUUCAAUUCUCGAAGGAGCUGAAAACACUGAAUUCUGAGUCCACUGUUUCUCCGACGUCGGUGAUCGCCUUCGACCGGAGCAACGACGGAGGCUCCGGCAGAACCACGGUGUCUCCGACGUCCGUGAUCGCCUUUGGAGACGCCGCCGCGGAAGCCAAUGACGCGUGCGAGUUGAGUAGCGAAAACUCGUUUUCGGACAAUUUAGGAACGGUAAGAGACUCGAGCGUGUUGUUGUUGAGGCAUUCGAAUUGCGAGAAGGAGAGCUUGGAUUUCAACGAUUCGAGCCAGCAAGAUUACGCUUCCACGUUGAGUUCCGAUUAUCCAUCGUCUCACAUUUCUCCUUUGAAAACUAACGAUCCCGAACCUGAUAGUGACGGUAAACGAGGACCUGUGGUUAGUUUCGAGGAGGAUGAAUACGAAGCGAAAGAGAGGGUUAAGAGAGAGAGUGCGAGGAAGGGGAGGAAAGGUUCGUGUUAUCGUUGCUUGAAAGGGAACAGGUUAACGGAGAAAGAAGUGUGUCUCGUUUGUGAUGCUAAGUAUUGUGGGAAUUGUGUGUUGAGAGCGAUGGGUUCUAUGCCGGAAGGUCGCAAAUGUGUUGGUUGCAUUGGGUUUCCUAUUGAUGAAUCUAAGAGGGGUAGUUUGGGGAAGUGUUCGCGGAUUUUGAAGAGAUUACUUAAUCAUUUGGAGAUUAGACAAAUUAUGAAGGCGGAGAGGUUUUGUGAAGUGAACCAGCUUCCACCUGAGUAUAUUUGUGUGAAUGGGAACGCUCUUUCUUUUGAGGAACUAGUUACGUUGCAGAGUUGUGCUGACCCUCCGAAGAAUUUGAAGCCUGGGAACUAUUGGUAUGAUAAGGUGUCUGGUUUUUGGGGGAAGGAAGGACAAAAGCCUUGUAGAAUUAUUAGUCCGCAUCUGAAUGUUGGGGGUCCCAUCAAACCAGAUGCUAGCAAUGGAAACACGCAAGUUUUCAUUAAUGGAAGAGAAAUAACAAAAGUUGAGCUUCGAAUGUUGCAGUUGGCAGGAGUUCAGUGUGCUGGUAACCCACAUUUUUGGGUCAACGAGGAUGGUUCAUACCAAGAAGAAGGACAGAAAAAUACAAAAGGGUGCAUUUGGGGAAAGGCUGGAACGAAGCUUGUAUGUGCUUUAUUGUCGCUACCAGUUCCUUCUAAUUCUAAAUGUUCAAAUUCAUGUGGGUUUCUAUCCUCCAAUCUGGUUACCAGACCAGUUCCUGAUCACUUUGACCAUGGAAUAGUUCACAAGCUCCUCUUACUUGGUUACACUGGGUCGGGAACAAGCACUAUUUUCAAGCAGGCCAAGAUUCUUUACAAAAACACUCCGUUCUCAGAAGAUGAACGUGAAAGUAUAAAGUUGACCAUUCAGACCAAUGUCUAUGCCUAUCUUGGCAUACUCCUUGAGGGUCGUGAGCGUUUUGAAGAAGAAAGCCUGGGGAAUUUAAAGAAAAAUCAAUCUUUUGCGCUUGACACUACAGGAACCGGUCCAAAACUUGGUGACAAGACAAUUUAUUCCAUUGGCACAAGACUGAAAGCAUUUUCUGAUUGGCUUCUGAAAACUAUGGUUGCGGGAAAGCUUGAUGCUAUCUUUCCAGCUGCUACUCGUGAGUAUGCUCCACUGAUUGAGGAGUUAUGGAAUGAUGCAGCCAUUAAGGCCACCUAUGAAAGAAGAAAUGAAAUAGAAUUGCUACCCAGUGUUGCCAGUUAUUUCUUAGAGAGGGCUAUUGAGAUAUUGAGGACUGAUUAUGAACCCUCGGAUUUAGAUAUUCUCUAUGCUGAAGGAGUUACUUCAUCCAAUGGGAUGGCUUCUGUAGAGUUUUCAUUUCCUCAAUUAGCUGCUGAGGAUAUUGUCGACACUGCAGAUCUACAUGAUUCUUUAGUUAGGUAUCAAUUAAUUACAAUACAUGCAAGAGGGCUAGCAGAAAAUUGCAAGUGGUUAGAAAUGUUCGAGGACGUUGGAUUGGUGGUUUUCUGUGUUUCCCUGAGCGACUACGAUCAAUUUUCUGUUGAUGGAAAUGGUUGUCGCACAAACAAGAUGAUUUUGAGCAGGAAGCUUUUCGAAGCCAUAGUUACUCAUCCUACUUUCGAACAAAUGGACUUCCUGUUGAUACUAAACAAAUUAGAUGAGUUUGAGGAGAAAAUUGAACGAAUCUCACUUAGCACGUGUGAUUGGUUAUCUGAUUUUCGUCCAGUAAUUAGUCGACAUCGCUCUGGCAUGAACAGCAGCAGCAUUAACAAUAGCCCCUCGCUUUCUCAGCUUGCUUCCUAUUACAUAGCGGUUAAGUUUAAGAGGCUCUAUUCAUCUCUUACGGGGCGAAACAUGUAUGUCUCCUUGGUGAAGGGGCUGGAACCUGAUAGUGUUGAUGCAGCACUUACAUAUGCAAAGGAGAUUUUGAAGUGGAACGAAGAGAGACCAAACUUUAGCUUGAGUGAUAACUCAAUGUACAGCAUUGAGGCGAGUUCAUUCUCUCAUUAACUGUUAGUUCAGAUAAGAGUGUUGGUUAAGUCAUAUCAUCUAUGACUUUGAUCCUGUUCCAUGUACAUAUAUUGCUAACUAGGAGCUGUACACGGAAACACAUUCCUUCCACUAUGCACUGCAGUCGUAUGCUUCACGCCACGUGCUACACCGAGGAAUGUAUAAUGUUCAAAUUCAUUUUUUCAUAUGGUAAAGCAAGUCUUGCUGUUUCUGUU